AUGCUGGCGAGCAGAGAACGUCCGGUUGAAAAGGCGAGAAGUUUCAGCUCUGCCUACGAGUUGAUGGACGAGCUUGCCGCCAGAGCUCCAGACCAUCCUUAUCUGGAUGAGGACCGGGGGAACGAGAUCGCAAGCGCUUGCCAGGCCGCGCAGGCCGCAGAGGCCGCGAAGGCCACGAGCGAGCAAGCCGAGGCAACACAGCAGGAAGAGUUGCUCGGCUCCAUGUCUCCGAGCGCACGGUUCCUGGACGCGCAAACGGACCAGAACCGCAAAGCGACAAUUCAUCACACCGAAAGCAGCAGUGAGCCGGACAAGCUCAUUCAAAGGAAGCGCGUUUCGUACCGCGGGGUUUCCAUGCUGCGCUCCUGGAUGUCUGCCGAGUCCUACUCGAAUAAGAAUGAUGCGCAGAAGUUGGUUGGCGAACAUGGCAUGAGGAAGAAAGCCGUCAUCAGCCACUUGUUGAAGGGUUUGCUGGACUAUGUUGCUGGGGCUCUGGUGCUGGCGAAUGCCUUGAUGAUGGUGUGUGAGCUAGAGAUGGAGGGCUCAGCAGCAGGUGUCUUUAUCGGCCUCAGUGAAGGCCCUCGCCUCAACGACGUGGAGCCAGUGUUCCGCGCCAUGGAUGCAGUUUUCGUCUACCUUUUCUUGCUGGAACUGCUCUUUCGGAUCUAUGCCGAGCGUAGAAACUGGAUCAAGGACAUGGCCAACUGGUUCGAUGCAUUCCUGGUGCUUGUGAGCCUGGUGGACAUGUACGUGCUCACGCCUUUGGCCAUGGCCAACGACGAAAGCCAGGGGCAGGGAGACAUGGUCCGCUCGCUGAGGACUCUGAAGUCGCUUAGAGCGAUCCGAGUUCUGAGAACGUUCCGCUUCUUCGACGGUCUACGGCUGUUUGCCAAGGCUUGCUCCAGCCUGCUGCCAUCUCUUGGAUGGUCCCUGGUUGUCCUUGGCAUGUUUAUCUGUAUGGGCGCCCUGCUUAUUGGCAACCUGCUCCGCAGCUUCAUUCUCGAUGAUUCGGCGUCUCUGGAUGAUAGGCAGUGGAUCUGGAACCGCUACGGAACCGCGUUCCGCGCCACAUACACUCUCUACGAGGUGACUUUUGCAGGGAAUUGGCCUACGAACGCACGACCUGUGAUGGAAAAAGUGAGUCACCUUUUCGUGAUCUUCUUCCUCGUGUAUAUCACAAUCAUCGUGUUUGCGAUGAUUCGUCCGAUGGCAUGGCACUUCGUGGCGGCGCAUCUAAGGAUCUGGCUUCGUUUUUCCUUCCCCUUCCUCUUUCCCCUUUCCCCCUUCCGUGCAGAAGACGUUCGUGGAGUCCCUGCACUACAACAACACUACUGCCGAGGCCUGAUCAGUGCCAUAUUUCUCAAGGACACCCUGGACGCAGCGCAAAACGACGCCGAGAACUUGGUCCUUCAACGGCUGCGCAAGAAGGCGGAAUAUCUACAGAAGCUGGAAGAUGUCUUCGCAGCCAUCGACGACUCAGGCGAUGGUAUGAUCACAGAAGAAAAGCUGGCAAAAGUCUUCUCAAACCCCACCGCAGUGGCCUACUUCCAGACUCUCGACAUCGAUGUCUCAGAGAGCGCGGCGCUGUUUCACAUUCUCGACAAUGGUGACGGAGAGGUUACACACGAAGAGUUCAUUGAUGGCAUCAUGCGCUGCAAAGGACCUGCUCGCGCAAUGGAUCAAGUUGCAAUGCUUGCGGACUUGAGGCAGCUCGACACGAAAAUGUCCAAGGUCAUGCGGGCGAUGCAAGGGAGCGGCUUACAUCUCGAAGUCGGCAGGCCAACCAGAUGCU